UUCAGGUACUUAGCAUCCCAUAGACAGGGACGGUUUGAAAGCAGCCCGUGUUGACGCUGGGGAGGAGGACUGUUGAUAUAAACAGGAGCCCCCUCGGUAAGCGACACUAAUCUCUCUCCGGAGGAGAGGCAGGGAUGAGCCUCCGGCCAAGCCUCCCCGGCACCCAGUAGCUGCGCUCUCCUCGCCUUAGCCUGCCCAUCACCGCCACUGUCGAGGACUGACUAAGAGGCGGCGGCGGGCAUCUCUGCCAUGACUACCGUGGGCAGGAUCAGCUUCACGGUGCGGAGCCUUUUGGAUUUACCCGAGCCGGAAGGCGGCGGAGGCAAGGAGCAGGACCCCAGCGAGGGAUACGGCCGCUCCCUGUACCGGGAAUGGAUGGAAACGGACAGGAGCCAGUAUCUGUCUUCGGACGAGAGCGGCCCCGAGAGCAGAUCGCGGCCGGCCGCCGCCUCGACGCGAGCGGACGAGGACGACGAGGAGAAGAAGAAGAAGCGCAGGGUGCUCUUCUCCAAGGCGCAAACGCUGGCGCUGGAGCGGCGCUUCCGUCAGCAGCGCUACCUGUCGGCGCCCGAGCGGGAGCAGCUGGCGCACUUGCUGCGCCUGACGCCCACGCAGGUCAAGAUCUGGUUCCAGAACCACCGCUACAAGAUGAAGCGCGCCAAGGGCAGCGGCGCCGGAGGAGAGCGCGCCGGGGAAGGAACUGGCGCCGGAGGAGCGGCGGCGGCGGCGCCUCUCCUGCGCAGGGUGGUGGUGCCCGUGCUGGUGCGCGAAGGCAAGGCGUGCCAGAGCUGCAGUGGCGCGGCGCAGGACUACGGCGGCGCCCAGAGCGCGCUCGGCCUCCAGGGCUACCCGGCUUUCCCGCAGGCUGCCUCGCUAAGCCUCUUCCCCGCCUACCAGCACUUAGCGCCGCCGGCCCUUGUCUCCUGGAACUGGGGGUGA